CCGGAGUAACGUUUGGGAAAAUAUAUAUGAAUGUGCCAUAUGCACUGCUGUAUUUCUGCUGUUUUUCCAUGCAGCGCUUGUUCAGGAUAAUGUGCAAGAGCUCCCUCUAGUCGCAGAUUUCACUAGUUCAUCGGUUUCAUUGUUUAGAGCUCAACACUGAUUAAUUCUUCUUUAGGGAUUUUAGUGUGGACAACAUACGCAAUUAUAUGUGUGUUAAACUCCGAGGAUAAUUUAAUAUCAAGUUUAUAUUUCUAUUAACUGUCUAUUGACUGUAUUCGUGUGAUGACUUUGUCUUCCUGAAAGGUUACUGAUCAGCUUAGGUCUUUUAGACGAAUGUCGACUCAGCGGAAUACAACGGGCUUGUGUCUGCCCUCGGACAGCAACAUAUCUGAUUACCUAAAAUAAUAUUCAACUAGACAAAAUCUUUCUUAUGCAAAAACAAAAUACAAUUUAUUAACGUCAUUGACUAGGACUUCUGACAUUUUGGAUCCUGUAGAAAUGCAUUUAUUCGGGCAUCCAGGCGUCUGAAGCUUGGUCCUGAUGUGAGUUUGAGUGAUGGGAAGUUGUUUUGGAGUGAUACGUCAAAGGUCUCACCUGACCUCCAGGAAUGCAUCCAGAUACAGCACCAAAGGAAGAGGACGCAAUGAGCCCCUGAAGAAAGAUAAGCCCAAGUGGAAAAGUGAAUAUCCUAUGACAGAGGGCCAGCUGCGCAGUAAAAGAGAUGAAUUCUGGGACACGGCCCCAGCUUUUGAUGGUCGUAAAGAGAUCUGGGAUGCACUGAAAGCUGCAGCUGUCGCGAUUGACUGUAACGACCAUGAACUGGCGCAGGCUAUUGUAGAUGGAGCCAGCAUCACACUGCCUCAUGGGUCUCUUAUGGAGUGCUAUGAUGAACUGGGGAACCGCUAUCAGCUCCCUGCAUACUGCUUGGCUCCUCCAGUCAACCUGCUGUCUGAGUGCAACGAUCAUAAUGUGUCUGAAAACUCUGAGCCAGAGGAGAAGAAGGAGAAGGAGUUCCAGCUGAAGGUGCGUCUCUCCACCGGAAAAGACCUUCGCCUCAGCGCCACGAUGGCCGAUUCCAUUCGUCAGCUGAAAAAACAGCUUCAAAUUCAGGAAGACAUUGAUACCGCCCACCAGCGCUGGUUUUUCUCUGGAAAGCUACUCACGGAUAAAACACGUUUACAAGACACCAAAAUCCAGAAGGACUUUAUAAUACAGGUCAAUGUUAGUCAGCCCAUUGUUCCCAGCUAAACACACAAAUCUUUAAACUGGGACUCAAUGAACUCAAACCUAUGUUUCCAUUAUAUCAUGUCACUGAUCCGGUGUGAGUUUCAACACUUGUGCUUUUUAAAUAUUAAGCACAAACAUUUUCUUCCAGAAAGGUCUAUUUUCUUGAA